UAUACAAAACCCCACUUUCCUGGAAGUACCCUUCCUUUACAUCUUCCUCCCUUACCCGUUAUGAUAUAACUCACGCUGCCGCAUGCACCUUUUCACUUCACUCUCUUCUUCUCCCUAUAUAAACACAACCAACCCCUACAACAACACUCCCUCCUUUCUCCCAUGGAAGCUAUCAACAGAACCUCCUCCACCGCUUCUUCUUCCUCCGACUCUUCCUCUUCCGACUCCAAUCCCCACAGAAUCAAAGGUCCCUGGAGCGCCGAGGAGGAUCGGAUCCUCACCAGCCUCGUCGACCGCUACGGACCCCGCAACUGGUCCCUCAUCAGCCGCUACAUUAAAGGCAGGUCUGGCAAGUCCUGCCGCCUACGCUGGUGCAACCAGCUCAGCCCCACCGUCCAGCACCGGCCCUUCUCUCCCCAAGAGGACGAGACCAUCAUCGCCGCCCACGCCCAGUACGGAAACAGGUGGGCCACCAUUGCCCGUUUGCUGCCGGGUCGAACCGAUAACGCCGUUAAGAACCACUGGAACUCCACACUCAAGCGCAGAGCCAAGGCUUUUCUUGACAUUAAUGUCAACAACGCCAACAACGAAGCAGCCACUUCUUCUGCUCCUCCUCGUUCCUUCGAUGACGACCCGUUGACCGCGUUGACUCUCGCUCCCCCCGGUCUCUCUAGCGCCGCCGUGGCCGAGGACACCGUACUGGAUCACCGGGUCUCUCCCGAGAGUGCGCCGGCGGGGUUUUGGGAUAUGAUGAGAGAUGUGAUCGCGAGGGAAGUGAAGGAAUAUGUGUCUUCCAAUUUUUCUGAUAACUCGAACUUUCAUUAAAUGAAUCAUAAUUGUUUUUGUCUCUUUCUCUUUGGAAUAUAUUAUUGAGAGCUAUUUGAUUUUACGGAUCAGGGAAUUAAAUUAAAACCCUUCUGGCUUCAGCUUAACGGCAGGUUUCUCUUCCGCUUUAAAGUAUAUACUUUUACAUCAGAAACACCUCUCCGACAGGCAUUUCGGUAUUUUGUUAUGGUUGGGGGAAAAUCUAACGUAUUUGUAUGUGAAUUUGGCUUAUUGGGUGGAAUGUCUAAGGAUGAAUUAAUACCGACGGUAGAAGGUGGUAACUGGUGAGGUGCAUAGGUGAUAAAACGCAACUUGGUGGCCAAAAACCUUAGUUGCAUUUGUUUUUGGUAGAGGAAUCAGCUACAGAGUCCAACCUUGGACGAAUAAAAACAAGAAGUACAUAUGAUAAUAUGGAUAUUAACGUUGUGUU